GCUCUCCGUGGACAUAAAAGGGAGGGUUUGGGCUGUUGUUGGCACAGUGUAUCACUAAAACUCAUCGCAAAAUGUCUGGAAGAGGAAAAACCGGAGGCAAAGCCAGAGCUAAGGCUAAGACCAGGUCUUCUCGUGCCGGGCUUCAGUUCCCAGUCGGCCGUGUCCACAGGCUGCUCCGCAAAGGGAACUACGCUCAGCGCGUCGGUGCCGGAGCCCCCGUGUACCUGGCGGCCGUGCUGGAGUACCUGACCGCUGAGAUCCUGGAGCUGGCUGGAAACGCUGCCCGCGACAACAAGAAGACCCGUAUCAUCCCCCGCCAUCUGCAGCUGGCCGUCCGCAACGACGAGGAGCUCAACAAGCUGCUCGGCGGAGUUACCAUCGCUCAGGGCGGCGUGCUGCCCAACAUCCAGGCCGUCCUGCUGCCCAAGAAGACCGAGAAGCCCGCCAAGAAGUAAACAACCGAGGUUCUCUGACUGCUGGAGACCAGCCCCCCAAAAAGGCUCUUUUAAGAGCCAAACACAUUUCUGAUAAAGAGCGCUGAUUCCCACGUUGCUGUCUAUUAUGCACAUAAUUUGGACAAUUAUACAGGAUCGGUUUUUUUUAU